AUGUCUUUUGAAGAUAAUGCAAUGGCUAGUCGUAUCACCUCGCCCUCAUCAAAAGCUAUGGUAUCAGAAUCAGAUCUUCGGAUAAUAAAUGUUGCAUCAAAUGUGGAUCAUUCUCAAGCAAAUAACCAGGCAAGUGCAGUCCUCGGUCCAGUGGCUAUCUUUUGGGACAUUGAGAACUGCCCUGUUCCAAGUGAUGUACGGCCAGAUGAUGUUGCUGGGAAUAUACGGAUGGCAUUACGGCUGCAUCCUGUUGUUAACGGUGCAGUUACAGUUCUCUCUGCUUAUGGAGAUUUCAAUGCUUUCCCUAGAAGACUCAGGGAGGGAUGUCAGAGAACCGGAGUCAAACUUGUCGAUGUUCCAAAUGGGCGGAAAGAUGCUGCUGAUAAGGCUAUACUGGUAGAUAUGUUUCUCUUUGCUCUGGACAAUCAUCCACCGUCAUCCAUUAUGCUUAUAUCUGGUGAUGUGGACUUCGCUCCCGCUCUCCAUAUACUUGGUCAGCGUGGAUACACUAUUGCCCUUGCGAUUCCAUCUUCAGUUACCGUCUCAUCGGCUUUGAGCAGUGCUGGGAGUUUCGUGUGGGACUGGCCUAGUCUUGCCCGUGGUGCAGGCAGUGUACCCCCCAGAUCCUUAGGGCAUCGUGCUGCUGAUCCUUUAGUCUGUCCUAACAGUGUAACACCGGGGAAAUUUCCUGACAUACAGACUGAAGAGGAGGCCAUUGUUUAUAUGGGAACUUUUAGGAAUGAAUAUGGUGGCAGAACAACCAGCAACCAGAUUAAUUGCUAUAACUCUUCACAGGUCACCGGAGAAUCAUGCAAAGCUUUCUGUACUCUGGCGGAUGGCAGUUGUGGCACCGGCACGUCAUCGAGGUCACAUCAUGUAUUAGGUGGUUUGAAUGAAGUCCCAGUGAUAGACCAAGGAUUUACAGGCGAACAAUCAUGGUGGGUUCGUCCGGGUGACCUUCAAGGCUUGAAGGGUCAACUAAUAAGGUUAUUUCAGUUAUCUGGUGGAUCUGUUCCACUUGUCCGUGUUCCUUCAGAGUAUUUAAAGCUGUUCGGAAGGCACCUGUAUGUAGCAGAAUAUGGAGCUGUAAAACUUGUUCAUCUUUUCGAAAAGCUGGCUGAGUCUUUUGUUGUCAUAGGGAAGGGUCAGAGGAAGAUGAUUUGCCUACGCAAUUCUGGUGAUAGGAACAUGAAGAAAUGUCCAAGCACACCAAUAAUUUUGAAAAAUGAAAAGAGAUUGAAUGCUACUCUCGAGGAAGGUACUAGUGAAACAUGUCAGCAGUUGAGCAGCUCAUCAGAAGAUCUCUCAGAGGAUGAACAGAAUAUUAACCCUGACGUAGAUGGAGCAUAUGUGUUUGAUAGCCAUCUAUACAAGUGCAGAACAGAGGUCGAGGCUCUUCUUGUCUGUUACUUGUCGUGCCCUCUUCCACUCUCUCAUUUUGAGUCCCUGUAUGAGCAACGGUACAAGAAGACUCUCGACUACCAGAGCUGUGGAGUUGAUGGUCUGGAGGAACUGCUUAACAAGUUAAAAGAUGUUGUCGAAUUGAAUGUAGAUGAGAUCAGCAACAUGAAGUUCAUCAAAGCCAAGUCACCAAAAUGUAGUCCCUCAAAGCCAUGUUAA